AUGAUGGAAGUCGAUUCCAACACCAAGGCUUAUCGCAUAAUCGGCUAUGUUACCGUUACUGUCUCAGCCCUUGCCAUCAUUUUGAUUUGCGUGACACUUCCAAUUGUACACAAUUACGUGCGACAUGUUCAGAACUCGAUGAAAAUUGAAAUGACGCAAUGCCAAAAUAAUGCAAAACUUCUGUGGGGUGACGUCUAUAUGCUACGCAAUUCAUUCGCUAGAGGCAUGAAUCAUACGAGAAUUCAACGACAAGCUGGAUACGAUUACUCUCCAGAUGAGACUACACCGUUCGCACCACCCAAGUUCGGUUAUCCAGCCGCUGUUGAGAAAGAUGAUGUCAGCUCUAACCCUUACGAUGCUCCAGCUCCUGAAGUUACUACCACCACUAGAAGACCAACAACCAAGCGUCGCCCACAGACUAUUCGUACAAGCCCACCAAGCGCGCCGUACGAAGAGCCGGAAGUUACCACUGAUGCACCACCACCAUACGGAGAGAAAAAUGAGCCAUCAACCACUAUUCGAAUUAAAACAACUCACACUUCUACCUCUCGUCCGACCAGCCGAACGACGAACACACCAAGUGCUCCUUAUGAGGAGCCUGAAAUCACUUCGGAUGCUACUAAGCCUUCUGAAGGGGAAUUUACUACACAUGCUCCAGGUUACACCACUAAUAACGUGAUUACUGAAAAGCCAGGAGAGCCCUAUUCGGAGAUUCCUGAUGAAGGAGUUGUUGGAUCAACUACAGUUAAAAGCGCGGAAGAGGAGAUUCCAAAAAUGACUACCUUGGAAUAUUUGAAGUCAACACUUCCAGUGGAGACUACAACUAUUCCAUUUAUUGAUGAGAAUGAGCAUGAGACCCACGUACAAUGCGAAAAAUGCUGUCUUCCUGGACCAAAAGGACCACCAGGUCCGCCUGGACGUCCGGGACCUCCUGGAAAAGCUGGAGCCAAUGGGCUACCGGGUAAUCCUGGAAAGCCUACAAAAAAACCUUGCCAUGAAGUCACCAAGCCUCCAUGUAAACCAUGCCCACCAGGACCAAUUGGCCCACCUGGUCCACCAGGUCAUCCAGGAAAUCGUGGACCACCAGGACUUCGUGGUGAGAAGGGACCCGAAGGACCUCAAGGAGCGCCAGGAAACAAAGGAAGACGUGGAGAAAGAGGGAACGACGGAAUUCCAGGCCAGCCUGGUGAGCCAGGAAUUGACGCUAAGGAUGUUCCAGCAGUGCCAGGACCAAAAGGACCCCCAGGUCCACCGGGAAAGAAGGGACCACAUGGCGCUCCAGGAAUCCCUGGAAAGGAUGGUCAACCAGGAGAAGUUGGAUUACCAGGUGCUCCGGGAGAAGAUGGUGAGCCAGGUGAAGAUGGAAUCCCAGGACAACCAGGAAGAGAAGGAAUUAAUGGAAACCCAGGAGAGAAAGGAAUUUGUCCAAAGUACUGCUCUGCUGACGGUGGAGUCUUUUACGAGGACGGAACCAGACGCUAA